GCAGUGCUGCAUGUUGACAAACAUGUGUUUGGGAAAGUGUAGUGGCAGUUUUUGUUGCUAUUUAGUGUUUUGGGAGAAAAUAAAAUAAAAAGUGCAUUUAACCCGAAGAAUUAGUUCUGUAUUAUUAGUGAAGUAAUCGCAUUUCACUUUUUUCACCAGCUCUCCACAGGCUGUCAUGUAACUAUUCCGCGCCACGCGAUGGCAUCAUUCGUCAUAUACUCCAUUACUCCCACAUUCUGUUAAUGGUCCACGAAGAAACACUGACUUCCGGGUAAACAAAUGAUCGAUAUUUAACUGUAAAUAUCUUAUCUGACAACCAUCUUUAGUGGAAUUUUGGAUCAGGUACGCACUUGAAUUUAACUUGUAAUGAAUUCGCUUGUGGGAUACGGGGUCUCGUCUGAAUCAGAGGAUGAAGAGAGGGGAGAAGACAAUCGUACGGAGUCCAUUAAAAAGACAGAUGAUGCUGUGGUGGAGAGGAAAAGGUGCAAUUUCCUGUUGGAGCCAGAAUCACCUUCCAGUGAGUCUGAAUCUGGUCCAGAGAAUGAGGAUGAAGAGGUUUCUGUUGUGGAUCACUACUCUUCUGGGUCCCUGCAGACCCCAUCCAUCCGUCCUCAAACUCGCAAGCUCCCGCCUCCACCUCUGGGAGGCUCCAGCUCAGGUGUACUACUUACAGGCAGCAGUGUGUUUGCAAACCCCUUCAAAGAAAUGGCUGAGGGGAGACUGAAUGUCCUGCAGAAACACGUACCUCUUACUGUACAAGCUCGGCCCACCCAGAUUGGUGGAAAGCGCAUUUGUGUGGCCUACAGAAAGGAUGGUCGCUGCCGCUUUGGAAUCAGCUGCAAGUUUGCACAUGACAGCGAUCUACAGAGUAACCAUGUGGUCACUUCUGACAAUGGACUAAAAGACAAUGCCUCAGCCAGUGUUGUAGUAGAUUCAUAUAAUGAUCCACUGGCUUCUCAUAACAUAAAGGAGACAGAUGAAGGGAAGGACAGUGAACAGCGAAAAAAGAAAAGAGUGGGAGUGAAUGAUUCUCUCAUUCCACCAAAACGUGCAUUGAAGCAGUAUGCCAGACUCUCACACCAUUAAAAGAUGACACAAUUCAGAAUCCCAGGACUUUCUGUCUGUAUAAAAUAAUUUGGGGAACAACACACUUUUAUGUGAGAUACACUCAAGAUAAGUGUGUUAUGUUUAUUAAAUUGAAAUGCUACUAGGAAGCAUUAUAAACUGCAUCAAGAACUUAAAUUUGUGGAAGACUUGUUACUGUGUAAGUGUGAAAAAUCUUCAAAAUGAUGUAACGAACAGUGCCAUCAUUUAAAGGGAUAGUUCACCCAAAAAUGAAAAUUCUCCCAUUAUUUACUCACCCUCAUGCCAUCCCAGUUGUGUAUGACUGUCUUUCUUUUGCAAACACAAAGAUGUUUAGAAGAAUAUUUCAGCUCUAUAGGUCCAUACAAUGCAAGUGAAUGGUGGUCAGAACUUUGAAGUCCAAAAAGCAUAUAAAAUCAGCAUAAAAGUAAUCCAUAAAACUCCAGUGGUUUAAUCCAUGUCAUCAGAAGUGAUAUGAUAGGUGUGGAUCAGAAAUAUAUAAAUAUUUAAGUACUUUUUAACAAUAAAUACUCCUCUGUGCCCACGAAGAAUGUUAAUUGUCAAAAACAAAUAAUGUGAAAGUGGAGAUUUAUAGUAAAAAAUGACUUCAGUAUUGAUCUGUUUCUCACCCAUACCUAUCAUAUUGCUUCUGAAGAUAACCACUGGAGUCUUAUGGAUUACUUUAAUGCUACCUUUAUGUCUUUUUUGGACUUUCAAAGUCCUGGCCAUAAAUCAUUUGCAUUGUAUGGACCUACAGAGCUGAAAUAUUCUUCCAAAAUCAUUAUUUGAGUUCAACAGAAGAAAGUCAUACACAUCUGGGAUGGCAUGAGGGUGAGUAAAUGAGAAUGUUAUUUUUUUGGGUGAACUAUCCCUUUAAGUGGCAUAUUUCAAUGUCUGUAGAAUCCUGGAACACCUUUUUUCAUGAAACCUUUUAAGAAAAUGAAAAACAAAUAAGAAAUAUUAUUUUUCCUAUAGAAAAUGAAGUCUUUUUUUAGGACCAUUAAGAUUUUUAACAUCGUGACAUUAUUUUCAUGACAGUUAUGCACAUUUUAGCCCCAAAUUCUCAUUAUAACAAUGAAGAAAAAAUUAUAUAUUAUUUAAAUUGUAUUCAUCAUAGUUGUACAUAGUUGGUACUGCCUUUCAUUUUUAUUGAUUUUAAUUCAGACAGCAUCUUUUAUUAUUAUAACGCAGUAAAAAGUUAUGUAAAAGUAAAACUUUCGGAUGCAUUACGGUAAUGAAAAUUAUGUGCUAAAGUGUCUGAAAUAAUGUCACAAUGCAAAAAAUCUUAAUGGUCACUAAAUGCAGGCUUCAAAAUAUAAUAAUAAUAAAAAAAUUAUUACCAGGAGGUUUUCUCAGACCAGUUUUGUGAGAAUCACCCCUUUAUAACUUAUCAUAUAUUAGCCCCAUUCUAAAAUUUUGGGAUAAUGGAAAAUAAAUAUAAAUGUUCAUA